AUGAAAGGAAUAAAGCAAGUUAGGAAUAAAAAACUUUUACCCGAUUUGCGAAAAGAGGGAGAACUGAGCAAGGACAUUGUAUUGUCCACUAAAGAAAAGCACGGAGUUUCGGCAGGAUCCCGUCUCUAUUCGCAUCAUACUUUAGCCAGCGUCAGAAAAUUAAGUUUCUUUCAUCCGUUUUUCUUACCAGAAGACAGUCUCGAUAUAGUCCUGGCUGCUGUAUAUAACCAUUCAACCGAACGCUUCGCUGAUAAGGAGGAUCUUUACUUACAACCCGAAACAAUUGGCUGCGAUACGUGGAGACGUUUAAGAAAUACUUAUGAUAAGCUACCGCCGGUUGUCAUUCCUCUGGGUCAUCCUAUGAAACGUGGAGGUAUUACAGAAAAACGGUCACCGUUUAGCGUAAAGUUGAUGAAUUCUGGAGUGCAUUCUUCACAGACCAACCCAGGAUACAGUAGACAGCCAGCUGGAGGCGCUAUAUUCUUCUAUUAGAAUAUUUUGCGUCGGUUUUUAUAGCAUAGGAAGAAAAUUAAUUUGCUCAAUAUUAUUGCCUGUAUUUUUUCUCUAACUUCGUUCUGGUAUUUUUUUUAAUGAGUACACAAUAUACUCGGAAUGUUAAUUUUAAUAAUUUAAUCUUUUUGUUCCCGUGAUUUCGACAUUCUGCAAUGUAAAAAUAAGUUAUAUUAAACAU